UGGCGGGCCGACCAGCGGGCGGCCCGGGCCGGCGGUAGCCAUUCCCGUGUCGCUGCGCCCCCGGGGGCCUCCCGAGCCCGCCACGAUGCCCCUGGGCCUGAAGCCCACCUGCAGCGUCUGCAAGACCACGUCGUCCUCCAUGUGGAAGAAGAGCCCGCAGGGGGAUAUCCUCUGCCACCACUGCACGGGCCGGGGCGGCGCGGGCGGCGGGGGCGCCGGCUCGGGGGCGACUGGUGGGACUGGGGGCAGCAGCGGCGGUGGCGGCUUCGGCGCGGCGACCUUCGCCAGCACCUCGGCCGCCCCUCCGCAGAGCAACGGGGGCGGGGGCGGCAAGCAGAGUAAGCAGGAAAUUCACAGGAGGUCUGCUCGGCUCAGAAACACUAAAUACAAAUCUGCUCCAGCUGCUGAAAAGAAAGUUUCCACGAAAGGAAAAGGGAGAAGACAUAUUUUUAAAUUAAAAAACCCCAUCAAAGCUCCUGAGUCUGUUUCCACUAUAAUCACUGCAGAAUCAAUCUUCUACAAGGGAGUAUAUUACCAAAUUGGAGAUGUUGUUUCGGUGAUUGAUGAACAAGAUGGAAAGCCCUACUAUGCUCAGAUCAGGGGCUUCAUCCAGGACCAGUACUGUGAGAAAAGCGCUGCCCUGACGUGGCUCAUUCCCACCCUCUCAAGCCCUAGGGACCAGUUUGAUCCUGCGUCCUACAUCAUUGGACCAGAGGAGGAUCUUCCAAGGAAAAUGGAAUACUUGGAAUUUGUGUGUCAUGCACCUUCUGAAUAUUUCAAGUCCCGUUCAUCGCCGUUUCCCACAGUUCCGACCAGACCAGAGAAGGGCUACAUAUGGACUCAUGUUGGACCCACUCCUGCAAUCACUAUUAAGGAAACAGUUGCCAACCAUUUAUAGUUUAGAAAGUGAAACUUCUUCCAGUCAUUUCGUAUUCAUACUCUUGUAACAUAUGCCACGUGUUUCUUUCAUGAAAUUCUUAGAUGGAAGGAUGACUAAAAAUUUUUCCCUAACUACCCAGUAAUCAUUAGCUUGUUUAUUACUUGGAAAUUUAAAAGGGAUAACAAGGAAUUAAAUAUAUUUUGAAGUUAAAUAUAUUCUAUAUGUGUAACUUCCCAGGCAAAGAGUGCAAUUUCCAAGGGGACCAUUAGGAACAGGUAGUAUGUAUUUUUCUCCAUGAUUUAUUUCUAGAAACUCGUUACAAUCAAUGGAUUGUAUUUUUCUACUAGAACAAAAUAUUAAUUGAGGUUGGAUUUCUGACCAAGGACUUAGUCAAAUAAAGUGUAACUAUGACCAACUGUGUUUAUCACAAAGUGACAUAAGCUUUAUUUUUUCAUCUAGAAAAUGCUAGAUAGACUUUAACCUUAGAGAUAGUGAUUGGUAGAUGAUUUUAGUAGCCUCAGCUUUUAAAAAACUGUGUUCUGUAGCAAACAGAUUCAGAGUUAUUUUGUCGAUCUGCAUUGUUUCCAUCUCCCUUCUCAAAGUGAGGCUCCCAAUCAAACCAUAAAAUUUUACAACACAGGCAGUCAGCUUUGUGAAGAGCACAUAGGAAUCAUGUAGUGUUCAGGCAUCCCCCUUGGUAGUUUCUUGACUAUCAUUAAAACAACCAUUGGGCAGUCAGAAAAAUGACUAAUAGGUUGUAAGCAUUAAUAUCUUAAAAAAAAGUCUACUUAAACUAUCUGCUGUAGACUCAUAGUAACAGGCCUAAAAUAAAGUCUUAGACACCCUGUUUUUUAUGAAAUUGUCAGAAUUCAGGUAUAGGUUUUACUUAAGUGCAGGUCAGCUAACGAAGGGAAUAACAAUGUGGAAAUUGGAAGAAAUGGGGGUUGCACACACCCACCUCUUCUAUCCUGACUUAACCAGCAUUUUUCAACCCCAGUAAAGUUUGCUGGAAUCUAAUUUAAUCAUAAUGAUUUUGAGUUGUAGCAGUUUUAGCUGUUAACAUUUUUCUGCAUAGUUAUGGUUUGUAUGUUAGAAGGAAGCAACUGUAGGUAGCUCUGUGUUCAUAGUUCUCUCCACAAAUGUUACUGUAAAUUGAUUGUAAAUACCACUGUAAAUAGCUGAGUGCCAGUAUUCAAACUUUUGGAUUAAAAUGUAUUUUUUACCAUGUAUUUACUUUGGAUUUAUUUACAUUUAUGUAAAAAUGGUAUGAACAGAAAAUAUCAGUGUUCUGCUCAUAAUUUGGAGCAAUAGAUUGAUCAAUACAGAAUUGAUUUUCGGAAAAUUUCAAAGAGUGGCCAAUUGAUAAAAGAAAUAAUAUAUGAAACUUAUUAAAAUGAGGAUAUAUUGAAAAAUCAGUAUAUACACAUACCAUUUGGUUUAUAAAUUGGUAAAUACUUACGUAAUAGUUUUUAAAAUAAAGAUUAAAUUUUCACUUUCUUCCUCAACAAA